UUCACAACUAAACAAGUAGUGCAUUAUACAAUCAGAAUCAGAAUAAAGUCCAAAGUUUAAUUUUGACUUCCCGUUUGUGAAAGUGAAGCAAUCAGUGCAGUUUUUUUAAAGCAAUAUUUGAUUUCUUAGUCAGUAUACCCCUAGGUUUCGGUAAAGAAUAGUGAACAAUUAGACUACGCACUACAAGUUUGCAAAAUUCAGUAUUAUACAUGUAUUCUUAGUGUUAUUGUGCUUUCUUUUAAUUUUCUCAUAGACUUAAAGCUUUUACUAAGGAAAAGCGUGUAGGUUAUUGUCUCGAUAUGGCCAGCAUCAAACAAGUAUUUCAGUCAGCUAUUCGAAAUGGAGGCAAGACAAGUUCUCGAAUGCUGUCAAGUGCUCAAGCCCAGGUGGAGCAUGCAGCAGAGCACAAACAUGCCAGUGGAGUUAAAUUUGAACUGAACGAAAUCCAAAGGGAAUUUCAAGAUCUUGCGAGAAGGUUUGCAGAGGAAGAGAUUAUUCCCAAGGCAGCCCACCAUGACAGGACAGGAGAGUUUCCUUGGGAGAUUGUCAAGAAGGCUCAUUCUCUUGGGCUGAUGAACGGCCAUAUCCCCUCUUCCUGCGGUGGACUAGAUAUGAGUAUAUUUGACGGUUGUUUGAUCGCGGAGGAACUUGCCCGAGGAUGUAGUGGCAUUAUGGCUGCACUUACAAUUACCGUUGUCGGUCAAACUCCAGUGUUAGUUGCCGGGAGUGAGGCUCAGAAGAAGAAAUAUCUCGGAAGACUCGUUGAUGAGCCUUUACUAGCUGCGUACUGUGUCACUGAGCCUGGGGCAGGUUCUGACGUUAACGGAGUCAAGACCAGAGCAGUCAAGAAGGGAGACGAAUACAUCGUUAAUGGUCAGAAAAUGUGGAUUACCAACGGAGGUGUAGCUAACUGGUACUUCCUGUUGGCUCGCACAGACCCGGACCCCAAGGCUCCUGCCAGCAGGGCCUUCACUGGCUUCAUCGUGGAGAGAGAGACCCCUGGACUCACCCCUGGCAGAAAGGAAAUCAACAUGGGUCAAAGAGCAUCUGACACCAGAGGAAUUACGUUUGAAGAUGUUCGAAUCCCCAAGGAAAACGUACUCGGGGCCGAAGGUCUGGGAUUUAAAAUCGCUAUGGAAACUUUUGACAAGACCCGCCCACCCGUUGCGGCUGGAGCUGUAGGACUAGCUCAAAGAGCUCUGGACGAGGCUACUAAAUACUCCCUGGAGAGGAAGGCAUUCGGUAUCCCCAUUGCUGGACAUCAGGCUGUAGCCUUCAUGUUGGCAGACAUGGCUGUAGGUGUUGAGUCUGCUCGUCUGGCCUGGUGGAGGUCUGCAUGGGAAGUAGACCAAGGUCGUAGGAACACCUACUUUGCUUCCAUCGCCAAGUGUCUCGCUGCUGAUGUCGCCAAUAAGUGUGCCACUGAUGCUGUUCAGAUUUUCGGUGGAAACGGCUUCAACAGCGAGUAUCCUGUAGAGAAGCUGAUGAGAGAUGCCAAGAUCUACCAAAUCUACGAGGGAACCGCACAAAUACAACGUAUGAUAAUCUCACGUGCCAUCUUGGACAAGGCUAAGGGAAAGUAAACGAAACGUAUGGUUCUUGAUUGAGAAAAAUGUGCCUUUACAGCUACCCAGCACUUGAUAUUAUAUCCGUACGAAUUUAUUACCAGGUGGAUAAGACUGAAAGAGAAUGCAUGCCAAGGUAAAUGGUUUUCAUAUUUUAAUAAUCGCUUGUAUGGAAAUAAUUGUUUAUAACAUUAUAUUUUAUUUGUUUUUUGGUAGAUUUGUGAAUUUUAUCAUGUAUGUAAUUAUUGUGUAUUGAUUUGAAAUAUAUACUCGUAUACAUUA